AUGGUUUUACCACCGCCACUACCCUCAGGACCAAUCUAUCCGCCCACACUCUCAAUAUGGAAACGCAUAACUUUUGCCAUCAAGGUCCGCCUCCUCAAAACCAUAAGCAAUAUCUUCAUCGCAAUCAUGACAAACCCCUAUAACCGCAGCCGAGCCACUCUCCCAACCUUCACCAAAACUUACCCCAAGCACCCCUCUCUCACCCACCGAAUCUGGAUCCCCUCAACCUACCAAUCUGGUGACGCACCAUUACCCCUCUACCUCAACAUCCACGGCGGGGGUUUCGUAAUCGGAAAACCCGCCCUAGACGAUGGAUUCUGCACCCACUUCUCCUCCAAACAUCGUAUCCUCGUCAUCUCCCUCGACUACUCCAAAGCCCCGGGAUCACCAUAUCCACAAGCCGUCAACGAAUUAACCGAUAUCGUAAACGCCAUCCUCGAAGAUGAAUCACUUCCAUUCGAUCGCGCGAAAGUGGCCAUUGGUGGUUUCAGCGCCGGCGGAACUUUAUCCCUCGCGGUUCCACAGGCUGCCUCUCUUCAAGGUAAGAUUCAGGGCGUCUGUGCAUUUUAUCCCCCGUGUAAUUUUGUGACGCCUCUAUCGGUGUCUAUUGCUGCGAGACCGGAACAUGCGCCUAAAGAUCUCUUGGAGGAAAUGGCUCCGCUGUUUAAUUAUGCGUAUCUACCUCCAGGAACGGAUUUGUGUGAUCCGAGACUCAGUGUGGCCUAUGCGAAGAGAGAGGUUUUGCCAAAGAAGAUUUGUGUUGUGGGAUGUGAGUUUGAUAUGUUAUGGUACGAUGCAGAAUUCUUAGUCGAGAGGUUGGUAGGGAAGGAGAGGGUGGAGGGUGAGUUGGUUUGGGAGGUGGAUGGGGUUAGGUGGGAGAAGGUUAUGGGUGUUGAGCAUGCAAAAGGACAAAGUAAAGAGAGAGAAGCAAAUGGUGAUAGGAAGGAAAAUGUAUGA